AUGAACAGAGUAGAAGGUGGUAGAAAGAACCCUGAGGAAAAAGCCGUGUUCUAUGCUUUCACCUAUACAGGGACAAAUAGGCCUGCCCUCCUAAACCCUACAGGCAGCGUGGGAGCAGCCAACAAAUCAGAAGAAAGCCAAACAUCCUUAAGAGCUAGUGCUCAGGGCCGGGAGGCGCCGGGCUCAGCAGGAGGGUGCGCACCAGCCUUUGCCGCAAUCCCUCGACGUCACGCUCCCGCCCGGGGCUCCCGAGGAGUGCAGCUGCCCGCGGGCCUGGCAGACAGCCCGAGCCGAGUCCCAUCCCUCAUCUCGGGGAGCCCGGGGCCCAGCGGGGAGACCGGAUUGUGCAACCCGAGGAGUCCCCGCCAGGGUCCCCGCCAGGAUCCCCGCCGCGCGCCCGCUCUGCGCCGAGAUGGACUUCCCCGAGGCGCACCGAUAGUGGCCAGAACUGGGACCGCAACCAGCCCUCUGGUCGGCGCCCACACCUUCUACCGCCCCCGAGGCCCGGCCACCCAUAGGCUGGAGGCACCUGGGUGCCCUCACCGCCCGGCCCCGCGCCCUUGCUGCCAGAAGGCGGCGCGCGCCGCCAGCCACCCCCAACCCCCGGCCCAGGGCCGCCCGGGCACUCGGGACUCCGGCCAGUGGCACGGCCGCCGCUCCCACCCGCCCCGCCCCGGCGCCGGCGCCCACCCCAGGGCUUGCCCUUGGAACUCACCAGCUCCGGGUGAAAGUUGGGGGCGGCGGCGGCGGCGGCGCUCCACGGUGACUCGAGUUCAGAGCGGGGGGCGCGACGGGGCGGCCCCGUGGGGCCCGCGCAGGGCAGGCUGCGGGGUCGGGGCCCUGGGUGGCGCGGCCGCCCUGCCUGCCGCGGGCUGGAGGCUGCAGCGCGUCGGGCCCAGAGGCGCCACGGCAGGGGAUCGAGCGGUGGACUGCCCGGAGCGGCGGGAGAGGAACUGGCUGUCGCUGGGCUCGGCCGAGAGGUCCCAGCUACUUCCUGGUGCUCGGAUUUGCAUACUGAGCCGGGAGGGCGGGGAAGUGACCGUUUGGCCCCUGCCCAAGGUUUGGGUCUUUGGUGUGGCCGUCGCGCGAGCUUUGAUGGCAGAGAAACUUAGCCUCUCAUCGCGGUGCUCGAGAAUGUGGAGCCGCUGGGGCCCCGCAUCCUCCUGUGACGGGGACAGAAGGAUCUUCCAAGGAGAUCUCCGGAGCCUGGAAGUGGAAAAUGGAGAUGAGGGUGCCUACCUCAGAGGGCCACUGGGAGGAUGAAAUGCCUUGUGUAAAGGGUUCUCACUGUGCCUAGAACACAGUGAUGGUAGCUGUUACCCGUUCAUUCCUGCCCUCUCUCCCUCCCGGCAUGGAGCACAGUGCUUGGCACACAGCAAGCGCAUAAUCAAUGUUUGUGGAAAGAAUGAUUACAUCGUCAAGCCCAUGUUCCAACUCGGUAAAUGCCACAUAGAAAUCCAAAAUUAUAAUAUUAGUCCCAGUCACAGCAGAUGACCAAUUGUUGUAAGCGAGAUUCACUAGGAUCCCAACAUUACACUGCAGUGUAGAAUUUGCAGGGAAAUAAACAGUGCCCUGUAGGAGAUUUCCUCUUUGUAUUAAUAACAGCAAACACACAGGGCCUAUCAGGUGCCAGACAUUUCGCUAAGCCCUUAAGAUUGAUUACCUUUCAUUAAUAUGUUCUUUCUUUAAAUUAUUAUUCUUUUAAAUCA